GCCCUCUGUCUUCACAGGAACAUCUUUACGACUUAUAGUUAUGGCACCAUAUCCUAAACUCCUCACGUACACUACGCGCCGAUUGGCGUUCACGCGCUUCAAAAAGCCUGUUUCCUGUCUCCACAACUCUCCCUUUCGUUCCUUCAGCGCCACCGGAAUCAACAAGGGCGGUGCAGUCGCCUGGGCUCUCCGCCUCUCCAACGGGCAAGAAUACUGCAUGACCCGCUGGACCAACGUCUUCCCCCUUAUCACAACCAACGACGCCUUCCUCGCCGAGGAACCAGAAGCCGUGCAAGAGUCCCUAAAAGAUUGGCUAAACAUGAAAGAAGACUGGGAGCACAACCAGGAAACAGGAGAUUACGAGUUUGCAAUGACAGGUUUCUACGAGCCCUUCGAUAACAAGCUUUGUCCAAACGAGUACGGCUUCAUCUUCACGGAUUUCAUGACUAAGCACAUCAUCGCCUGCACGAGCUAUUGCAGCUUCUCCGAGGAGGCAUUGAAGAAGUUCGAUGUUUCAGAAGCGGUAGCCGAGAUUGAAGGGCUAAAUGCUGAGAUCGCGAAGCUUGAUACCGACAAUGAUAGAGAUCGACGGUGGCUCCACAUGCGGUGGAAUGGCGCAAAUUCGAGACUCGAGGAAUAUCAGCGGAUCAAGAGCUUCUUUGACACCGGUCGCCUGCAUACGUUCCGUGACCGCGAAUUCAAAAACGUAGUGGUGAACCCCUUGGAUUUUGCGAGUUAUGACGAGUUUGUGGGUGAGGUUACAAGGCGAGUAGAUGAGGCGGUGGAGCAAGCUGAAGACAAGUAUUCGAGGCUAGUGUAUGUGGAUGUAGAGCCACCACCAGGUUGGCAGGUUGAGGAGUUCUAUCAUAGUAAUAUAGAAGAGAGGAAAAAUGCCGUUGCAAGGAUCAAGGAGCUGGGUCUUGUGUUGUCCGAGGAUGAAGAGAGGUAUUUCGGACCUUUCUUGAAGGGCACCGAUGGUUUUGAUGACGAAGACGAUGGACACGACAAGGAUGGUGAAUACGAUGCCAAGUAGCUUUAGAUCCCGUUUCCAUAUUUACAAUGCCUCGUCAUAAAAAUCCG